GAUUUCCGACAUGUGCGUCCUUCCGAACUGUCAACAUGAAUUCCGCUUUGUUUGUCGUCAUGCUCUUCGGAGCCGCCUGCGCCGCCGGCCUCGAGAAGGACGCGCCCAUCGAGAGUCAAGUUCUGGAGACCGAUAUUGACGGUGGUUUCAGAAAUGCCUGGUCCGGCAACGGCAUCUCCGUGCAAGAACUCGGCUCUGUCAAGCCUGGCCCCGACAACACCCUCGUCCAGGUUAUCCAGGGGGAGUAUUCGUACACGGCUCCGGACGGCUCGGUCAUUAAGACCUUGUACAUCGCCGACGAGAACGGCUCCAGAGUCGAAGGUGCUCACUUGCCAGUCGCCCCACCAGCCCCUGAACUUCCCCCCUACAUCGCCAGGGCUCUCGAAUGGGCCAAGGCUCAUCCCUACAAGGAGGAGGCUGAGCUCAAGAAGUCUUACGCAUGAGUUGUACGUUGGUUAAAACCUAAUUUAACCACUUCGAUUUUUCAAUAAAGAGAAUAUGCUUUUCAAUUUA